AUGGUGACCUCUUGCUCCACCAGCCCCGCAAGCCCCGCUGCCCGGGCCAGAAGGCGGGAUAACGACCAGAAUCUCCGCGCCCCGGUGAAGAAGACUAGGCGCCUCCGCCUCUUAAGGAAGCAGCCGCUGCAGCCGCUGAACUCGCGCUCGCUUCCGGGAGACUCUGGCGUUUGCGACUUGUUUGAGUCUCCCAGUUCCGGCUCGGACGGCUCAGACAGUCCUGCGGCGCGGCCCUGCAGCCCCCUGCCUGGCCCCACCCAGCCAGGGCCACAGCUAGAUCUGCAGACUUUUCGCGACUAUGGCCAGAGCUGCUACGCCUUCCACAAGGCGCGCGAGAGUCACUUCCACCCGCAGGAGUCUCUGGCGCAGCAGCCACAAGUGACCGCCGAAUCCCGCUGUAAGCUGCUUAGCUGGCUGAUCCCUGUGCAUCGCCAGUUCGGCCUCUCUUUCGAGUCGCUGUGCUUGACGGUGAACACUCUGGACCGGUUCCUCACCACCACGCCGGUGGCUGCAGACUGCUUCCAGUUGCUUGGAGUCACAUCCCUGCUCAUCGCUUGCAAGCAGGUGGAGGUGCACCCGCCGCGCGUGAAGCAGCUCCUGGCCCUGUGCUGCGGCGCCUUCUCCCGGCAACAGCUCUGUAACCUCGAAUGCAUCGUGCUGCACAAGCUGCACUUCAGCCUGGGUGCGCCCACCAUCAACUUCUUCCUGGAGCAUUACACUCACGCGCGCGUGGAGGCUGGGCAAGCGGAAGCCUCCGAAGCCCUGGAGGCACAAGCGCUGGCGCAGGGGUUGGCGGAGCUGAGCCUAGCGGACUAUGCCUUCACUAGUUACGCCCCCUCCCUGCUGGCCAUCUGCUGCCUGGCGCUGGCGGACCGCAUGCUGCGGCUCUCGCGCCCAGUGGACCUGCUCCUGGGCGGGCACCCCGAGGCGGCGCUGCAGGACUGCCUGGAAAAGCUGCAGCUUCUGGUGACUAUCAACGAGGCUUCCCUGACUCACAUCCUGCCCCUCCAGAUCUGCGAGAAGUGCAGCCCGUCCCCCAUGUUGAAAUGA